UGCAGGAAUGAGUGCUUCCAUGGCUAAUGAUUUCAGACAACUGAAGCAGGGAAACCAUUGAACUAAGCCCCAGACUGGUUACCAAUUCAUAGAUACACAAAGUACUGUACAGUACUUUGGACUUUUUCUAUCCAGAGCCUCUGUACAAAUUCUGGGGUGGGAUGUAGGGAAAAUGUUCACUAACAGAAUGGACUAACCCUGUUUGUAGAGGGUUCCUGUUUCAGACAGAUUGGACAGUCAAGGUGUUGGUUGAGUUUUGAGAGUGAGCAUGUGGCUCCUUUUGGCAGUCUUGCUGUUCUUUGUGAUCCGAUGGUACCUGGAAAGGCAGAAGGUGGAAAACCUCCGAGAGAAGUAUGUCUUCAUCACUGGCUGCGACUCCGGCUUUGGGAACCAGCUUGCCAGGCAGCUGGAUGCUGAGGGGCUGAGGGUGUUGGCAGCCUGUUUUACACAGAAAGGGGCGGAAGAGCUGGAGAGGCUCACAUCAGAUUGCUUGAAAACCACCCUCCUGGAUGUCACCAGCACAGAGAGCAUUGCAGCAGCGGCUGAGUGGGCGAAAGGGUGCGUCAAAGACAAAGGGCUCUGGGGCUUGGUAAACAAUGCAGGGAUUGUGGAAGCAAUGGUACCCAAUGAGUGGCUGGACAAAGAUGCCUUUGUAAGAGUGCUAAAUGUCAAUCUGGUUGGACUGAUAGACGUCACGCUACACAUGUUGCCGCUGGUGAAGAAGGCCAGGGGAAGGGUUGUUAACAUGUCCAGCAUUCUGGGGCGACUGGCUUUCCACGGAGGAGGCUACUCUCCAUCUAAGUAUGGGGUGGAGGCUUUCUCUGACUCUCUCAGGCGUGAGCUGCGCCCAUUUGGGGUGAAAGUAGCCAUGGUGGAGCCAGGCUAUUUCCGAACAAACAUGACAAACGUCGAGCACGGCAUGAGCGUCCUCGAGCAGCAAUGGGUCCGCACCCCACAGGAAGUCAAAGAUAGCUAUGGACAGACCUACUAUGAGAGACUGCGCCAGAUGUUCAAAGAGAGCCUCAUAACUCGAUGCAGCACUAACCUCUACCUGGUCACUGACUGCAUGGAGCAUGCCUUGACGUCCCGGCACCCUCGCACGCGCUACUCUGGAGGCUGGGACUCCCAGUUCUUCUUCGUCCCUCUCUCUUACAUGCCCACAGCAUUGGCCGACCUUGUGCUGACCUGGUCUUGGCCCAAACCUGCUCAGGCUGUUUGAAGACAGUGACGUGAGGAUAGUUGUGGCUAGGGGAAGAAAAAAGGGGAUUUGGUAGCCAGGUCCAAGGGGAGAGAGACAAGGCUCCUACGCUUUCAAUUGUUGUAUACAAAAGGGAAUUUCAGCAUGUGUGGUUUGUGUUGGUAAGCGAUGCAUGUUGCAUUUCCCUCUUCUAUAGAACUAUUCAAGGUUCAGGAGCCUUCUCUGCUUCUACUGCUGGCCACAGGGAGCACAGGUUGAUAUAUCUCACACAGGAGAACAGGCUUUCACCUGCUCAGUGUCUGCAUUGCAGGCUCCCUUUGCACUUUAAUGCAAAAAUUCCGCAAUUGGCAUUUACUGAAACAAUAUACAAACUGAAAUACAGGUAUCCUUUGAGAUUCCCACCUUUCUGAAUUUUCUGAUGCAGUUCUCCAAACCAAUAACAUGUCUAUAAGGGUCAGGAACAGAAACCAGUCAAAUGAAUAUGAUCAUUAUUUGCUCACAUCAUUGUUGUUCUUAAGUCACAGAAUAAUAGAACUGUAGACUUGGAAGGGACCCUGAGGGUCAUCUAGUCCAACCCCCUGCAAUGCAGAAUCUCAACUAAAGUGUCCAUGACAGAUGGCCAUCCAACCUCUGCUUAAAAACCCUCCAAUGAAAGUCCACAUCCCCCAAGGGAGCUUGUUAGACUGAAUAAAGAGGAGGCACCCCAAAGUCUGCAAAUGCCAUGUAAUCAAUAACUUUUUUGGAUCUGAUGUUUCCUUUACACUGACAUGAAUGUAAGUUAUGUAAGCUAAGUAACUUGUACUAAACAGCAGACAGCGAGGCAAUUAAUGUGUCUGGUGGAAACCAAACUGCAGUAGAAUGGAAGCAGCUGUCUUCUUCCCACUUAAAGAAAUAAAAGACAGAGAGAAACCAAAACGGACAGGUCUGUUCACUCCUAGCUUUUUUAGUUUGCCACUUCAUUUUCCUUCUGAAAACUUUUUUGCCUUACUAACUGGAUAUUGGGUAGAAAAUUCAACAAGCACAACUCUGCUCCAGUCUUGAGAUGCACGGAGAAAGAGCUGCCUCCAGUAAUGUUCCAUCUGUUGCGUUAAAGAAACGUGGCUUUUCAAGCUGCAGUUCAUGGAAGCGGUGGUGUGGGAACCUCAGGUAUAGCCCUCAACUUCUCGUUUGUUUGUUUUUUAAUUCUGUGGCAGCCAGUCCUGAUCUCACUGUAGAGACUGUGGUGAGGGGGGAAAUUGGAAGUUUCCACUUCUUCCAUUCAUCCCAUUCCUCACACAUAAAAUUUGAUCUAAAUGUAAUUGGUUCUUUGUUUUUAAAAAGCUUUCAAAGAUUUCCAACAUACAUUCAGGAUAUAUUCAUAAUAGAUCAUAUACUACAUUUGCAAACAAAUUCCUUCUCCAAUAAUUAAGAAAAGCUCAUUGCUGUAUUGUUGCCUGACUCCUUUGGACCCUAUGUCAUGAGGUAGUUUGGCAAGAAAGAAAGAAAGAAAGAAAGAAAGAAAGAAAGAAAGAAAGAAAGAAAGAAAGAAAGAAAGAAAGAACAGGCCAUUUUAUUUUCCUAUUCUGUGAUACUAGUCACAUUUUCUAAUAUUUGAUAUCUAGUAAAGAGGCACCUGCAGUAAUCAUAUAAUAUAAUUAGAAAAUAUCAAGAGUUAUUAAGUUUUUUUGUUGUAGGCAACUCAGAAGUCCUAAACUGUACUCAUUCCUACUUCUAUACUUUCUAUUAGAAAUACAAAGUCAAUAAUUUUUAUUUUCUGGUCAGCUGGCAAGUCUGUUGGCUCCUGUCAACAUUUAGAAUCAUAGAAUUGUUGAGUUUAAAGGGACCACAAUGGCCAUCUAGUCCAGUAGAUGUUUUUCUGGAACUCUAGCUUUCUCCAUAAUUCAGCGCAUGUUUGCAAUUUGGUCUCUGGUUCCUCUGCCCCUUCGAAAUCCAGCUUGCACUUCUGGGAGUUCUCAGUCCACAUACUGCUUAAGCCUGCCUUGUAGAAUGUUAAGCAUAACCUUGCUAGCAUGUGAAAUGAGCGCAAUUGUGCGAUAGUUGGAGCAUUCUUUGGCACUGCCCUUCUUUGGCAUUGGGAUGUAGACUGAUCUUCUCCAAUCCUCUGGCCACUGCUGAGUUUUCCAAACUUGCUGGCAUAUUGAGUGUAGCACCUUAACAGCAUCAUCUUUUAAAAUUUCAAAUAGUUCAGCUGGAAUACCAUUACUUCCACUGGCCUUGUUAUAAGCAGUGCUUUCUAAGGGCCAUUUGACUUCACUCUCCAGGAUGUCUGGCUCAAGGUGAGCAACCACACUACCUGGGGAAUACGAGACCUCCAUAUCUUUCUGGCACAAUUCCUCUGUGUAUUCUUGCCACCUCUUCUUGAUGUCUUCUGCUUCUGUUAGGUCCUUUCCACUUUUGUCCUUUAUUAUGGUAAUAUUUGUACAAAAUGUUCCUUUCAUAUCUCCAAUUUUCUUGAACAGAUCUCUGGUUUUUCCCAUUCUGUUGCUUUCCUCUAUUUCUUUGCAUUGCUCCUUUCAGAAGGCCCUCUUGUCUCUCCAAGCUUAGACAAUGAUACUUUCUGCAAAAUGUAAGGAAAGGCUGCCAGGCAGGUAAGAUGAUGCUCUUGUUUUGUACUUGGCUUACUUUGAGGAGCUGUCAAAAUGAUGGAAUUGUUAAUUGCAAGUUAUGGUGAAAAUGCCUGAAGCCAUCUUACAUCAAGUGAGUGCAUUGCACCAUGAUUCAGAAAGGUGAGUGGGCGUUCUCCAGCGUGCCUUUUAUAGUUGCCAAAUCCUAAGCUCCAAAUGAAGCAGAGGCUGCUCUACCUGUCAGGCGUAACUUCACAGAUAAGAAUUAAUGAGCAGUUGUUACAGUGUCAUGUUGCAAGCACAAAGACACAGCUCUUUGCAAGGAGGCAGAAGCCUAGUCGUGAAGGCCGCUCCCUGCAAGACCCUUUCCACCUGGCCUAGGGGGUGAGGCCCACACUCACCAGCCCUACUGAAGAGGCACCUGCUGAGACUGGAGGGACAUUGCUAUGCCUGACAACAAACCCUAACUAUUGGAUUCUUUUGCCCCAUCUUUUUGUGCCUGCCAAACAGCCAUGUCAUGCUUAUGAUAAUAUUUUAUUCUCUUGUUAAUUAUGCUGGUUUAAAUGUGCAAUUUAUAUUUGACUUGACUUAUCAUCAUUCGGACCUCCAAGUCCGAGGGGAGGGGGGGUCCUCCAUGCUCUUGUGAUGUCUCAACUAGCUGCCCCCUCCCUUCUGGUUCUGUUGUCAUUAUCUCAUAACUGGGUAAGUCCCCCCUAAGCUGUUCAGCUUCUGCCUCUCUCUCUGCUUCUGAGCACGCUGUGGACAAUGGGGGGGGGCGCUUCUUCCCCCUCCAGCUCUCCAUCGGAGAGAAGCUGGUAUGUCAUAGAAUGCAUUCCCCCAUCCUUGUCUUCAGAACAUUCCCUGAAACUACCAUAGGGACACGGCUUCUAAUUCCCUUUCAUUCUGCUUCCAAGCUAUUGCUGAAUCCAAUUACAAUCCAGUCUUGAUAAAAUCCCUUAUACCACAGCUACAAUGUUUUAACUUCAAUUUGUAUUAACACAUUUAAUUCGUAUAACACAUUUAAUAAUUUUUAAGUUCAUUAGUGAAGUUCUCCUUUCUUCUUACUGUGUGAGGCAUUAAUUUUAACCAAUUGUUUCUUUAUAUCUUUGUUCUGGUCCAUGGGGUCACAAAGAGUCGGACACGACUAAACGACUAAAUGACUAAACAACAAAUCUUUGCCAAAUAUUAUGUCCAUCUUGGUUAUUCCUGAUCUCCGUCGUGCCUUGCGGCGCUGUUGACUCGGUGUCACUCUCGGGAAAUCCCUCCUCUUUUGUUCUCCAGCCCCUCUGAGUGCAGCUGUACAAUUCCAUCACCAUUACUUCCAGUCCCAGAACACUGGCAAGCCGACAAGUUCUCCUUUCUCCGUCCAACUGAAGAAAUUAACUAUUGGCAAGUCCUCAAAGUCCAAUCUGUCUCCCCGCAACCAGGGGAAAGAUAAAAAUUAACUCCGUAGAAAUUCCAAGUCCUUUAAAAAUUAUUCCAUGCGAUUAUGUUUUCGUCACACAGUUCCGUUUGUCAUUGUAAUCCAUAUCUAUAUUCCCGUCUCCCUUCACUUGCUAUAUGAAACUUGUUUUUUGCAUUCUCGGGGGAUUUGCCAAGUCAUUUAUAUAACAAGGGAUUUAUAAUGAAGCCGUUGAUUCAAAUCUUUGCAACCUUGUAGCUAUUUCAAUUUCGCAGUUUUUGAUCUUGUCCCAUCAUUUCCAGCACCCAUCUGUACAUUAAUCCCAAAUAAUCUUUAAUGAACAGAAGAACCUCUGCUCUGAAUGGUGUUGUUCAAGGGUUCCAAGAGGUGAAGUGCUUUUGCACUCAAUGCUGGAGCAGGAGCCAGCUACUGAGACGAUCUGCGAGAGUAGCCCACUUUCCUCAUCCCUGGGGGGACUUUUCAAGGAUAAUUACUCUCAGUCAUCUUUGAUUAACCUUCGCCAACAAUCUCCCAUUGUCGUGGGAGAUGACUGCAUUAAGGCAGACAGGAACCGGUUUGAGUAACGAAGCUUCUCUUGGUGAUAGCCACCAAGGUGUUUUCUAUUCUAUUAAAUCUUUGUACAUUUCCCACACUCUGAUUAAUGAUUUCCUAAUUAUAUGAUUGUAAAAUCCUUCGUUACUCAAACCGCCUGGGAAAAAGGGAAAAUGGCCUACAUACAGAGAUCUAUUGGAAGAACAAGACGGUAAAUGGAAAUUAAAAGAUUAUGAAGAAAUUAAAGAUCAUGUUCAGAGUUGGCUGCAUUAUAGACAAUUAAAUGAGAUCCCACAAAAUCAUUAUUCCUUCUCGUUAAAUUAUGUAAAUAUCAUGGUUAAAGAGAUACACAAAGAAAUAGCCUUGUGCAUAGUCAGUGCUGCCAGGGUCUUGAAUACAACCCAAAUAAUAUUACUAACAAUGGCAUAGAGAGUGAAUUGGGGGGGGACAAGAGAGUUUGUCAUAACAGGCAAACUCACACAAUUCUACAAGAUAGAAGAGGCAAAAGCAAGACAAAUUCUUGAUAAACUUGUUUACUGAAUAUUGUAAGAAGCACCUGCUGUUUUCAAAAACACAAUGCAUUUUUACAAUGCUGUGAAAGGAAGCAAUGUGUUUCCUUGCUUAUCAAUGAACACUAAGGGUAAAGAUAAAGGACCCCUGGAUGGUUAAGUCCAGUCAACGGCGACUACAGAACCACCGUGCUCACCUGACUUUCAGGCUGAGGGAGCCGGCGUUUGUCCACAGACAGCUUUCUGGGUCAUGUGGCCAGCAGAAACCAGAGCGCAUGGAAAGGCUGUUUACCUUCCCGCUGCAAUGGUACCUAUUUAUCUACUUGCACUGGCACUGGUGUGCUUUUGAACUGCUAGGUUGGCAAAAGUUGGGACAGAGCAACGGGAGCUCACCUUGUUGCGGGGAUUUGAACCGCCGACCUUCUGAUUGGCAAGCCCAAGAGGCUCAGUGGUUUAGACCACAGCGUCACCCGCAUCCCUAAAAUGAACACUAGCAUUUACUAGCGCGCACACACACAUACACACACACACCUUUGGGUGCCUUUUUGUAAGGAUAUAUCCUUUUUACAUGUAGAUGCACAAUUAAUCUCAUGCAUCUAUAUAAAUAAGAAUGUAACUGUCCGUUCGUUACACUCCGAAAGUACUUGACUGAUCGCUUUAAAAUUUUGACAC